AUGUCUACAAUCAAAGGACACCAUCUCAAGACGGGAGAGACUCAUCGUAUGGGUUAUGCGGACCUUUCGAUACCAGAAUGCCCCGCAGGCUGUUGGCCUGAUCGUGAGCUGGUCGGGCGGGUAAUCAAUCGGCAAACAUCGAUUCCAGUCACGCACGCGGAGCCGGGGCACUUUGGUCAACAAUCGGCGGCAGAACGACUCUACACACAUGUACCCAUCAAACCCUGGCAGACCCGCCUACUACGCAUCAAACCGGGUCCAAACUCAGCGAAUCCUGUCGAAUGCCGACUGCUGGUUGCCGACAUUCUCCAUUGGGAUGGUAUGGGCAUCGAUGACGAUGAUGUGCUACAAGAGGUCUCUUACAUUGCCCUUUCCUAUGAAUGGGGCAGUCCAGACUUCUCAGAAUCAGUCAUCGUAAAUAACGUUACGUACCCAAUCACGGCCAACCUCUUCGGGGCUCUGAAAGCUCUCCAAUCGUUAACCGAUGCAACCUACUUGUGGGUCGAUGCCUUGUGUAUAAACCAACAUGACCAGAUCGAAAAAUCCAUACAAGUGCGUCGCAUGAAGAACAUCUACCAAAAGGCUAGCCGCGUGGUGGCAUGGAACCCGGACUGGGACGACGAUAGGACAGCAGUCCUCAGAACGGUCCUCAAAUGCGAUUUCGUCAACAGAACCCACAGCCAGGACUGUUUAACAUUUUGCCAACAGUUUCUUGAUGUAGCUAUGAGCGCACGGCUUUUCGAGCGGACUUGGGUCAGGCAAGAGAUGUUCGCUGCUCAAAACGUUCAUGUGCAAUACGGCACGCUAGUCUUUCAACACCGGGAGGUCUUGGAAAAGGUCCAGGAAAUUGAAAGUCAUACGCAAGCCGUCCGUAAAUGUUACCCAACACAGCUUCAUUGGCUACAGCAGCCCAGUCUCGCUGCCAAGUUGCUGUUCCAUGCUAGUGACUUGUUCGAGGACCCUUCGGCGCGCGAGCCUACGACAUUAACCGCGGCAUUGCUAAGCAACGGCUACUUCAAAGCAACAGACCCUCGCGAUCUAGUUAGAUCCAGUCGUCUGGGCGAGGCUGGCGCCGUAUGGCGGCCAAACCCACACUGGAACACGAAUGGUGUUCUCAAGCUGAAGGGGAUACGAAUGGCGGCCAUCGACGUGGCCAUUGAAGCUUCCGAGGGUUGGCGUCAAUACGAGGUAUAUUUUAGCGACGAGGAGUGCAAGACAACCCACUUUCGUCGAAUUUCACGAGCGAUCAACAGGUGGUUCGACGAGACUUUUGAGCCAUCCGACUCUCCAAUGGUCAACAGGAAAGCAACAAUCACUGCCCAGGGUUUACGAAUCCUUGAACUGUUCAAGAGAUAUCUCAAGGCAGAUAGUUUGGUAGUAUUUUUCACCUCCAUAGCUUUCGUUCACCCUAUCGUUUCGAGAGGCGACGAAAUCGUGUUGCUCCAAGGCUCACCUCUUCCGUUCCUGCUUCGCAAACACGGGAAUACCGAGUAUCAUCUUGUGUGUCCCACGACUCACUUCCCGACCUCCCCCAUUGAGAGCAUCAAACGCGACAGUGACGGUCUUUGGUCACGGUGGACUGACGAUCAGCUGCUCAUCAAGAAGGCACAAAACGUGAGUUAUACAAGCCCGGAACUUUCACAUCUCUGGAGCGAGGUUCUUGAGGACCCAGUAGUUACGUCUGAGUUGGAAGACUUUUCUUUGGUAUGA